GCGGGCGCCACCGACAUAAAAGGAACCUUCGUCGGGACGCGCCUACCAGUUGCGCGUUCUUCUCAUUCAGCACGAGCCUGAACCAAGUUCCUGCGCACUUUUACGCGCGCAUCUUUACGCACCUGCACUUGAUCCAGUCGCGAUGGCCGACGAGUUUCUGUCCCAGUUGGAAGCCGGGAACUCCAGCGAUGAUCCUGCCGACGGCGCCGGGGGCGAGGGCUGGGCGUCCUCGGACGGCGCAUAUGCGGCCGUACGCGGCGUCAUGACCUCGGCGUACACGCUGAUCGUGCUGGUGGGCGUGCUGGGCAACGUGACGCUGGUGAAGAUCUUCGUGAGCACCAGCGCCAUGAGAAGCGUGCCCAACAUCUUCAUCAGCAGCCUGGCGGCGGGAGACCUGCUGCUGCUCGUCACCUGCGUGCCAGUCGACGCCCUCCGCUUCUUCUCCGAGGAGUGGAUCCUCGGCGAGGUCGCCUGCAAGCUCCUGCCCGCUGUGCAGCUCACCUCGGUCGGCGUGUCCGUCUUCACGCUCACUGCGCUCAGCGCCGACAGGUACAAGGCCAUCGUGAAGCCCAUGGACAUCCAGGCGUCCGGCGCCGUUUUGCGGACCUGCGCCAAAGCCGCCGCCAUCUGGCUGCUGUCCGUCCUGCUCGCCGUACCCGAGGCCAUCUUUUCCCAGGUGGUAUCCAUGCAGGGUCAGAGGGGCCCCGAGAACGCCAGCUUCCUCAACUGCGUGCCGUACCCUCUGUCUGAGCAGACGCAUCCCAAGGUCCACGCCGUCAUGCUCUUCCUGGUCUACUUCCUGUUCCCGCUGAGCAUCAUUUCCGUGUACUACUACCAUAUUGCGCGCACGCUGGUGCGCAGCGCGCGGGACAUGCCAGGCGAGGUCAGCGAGCACACCAAGAGACAGAUGGAGACAAGGAAGCGGCUGGCAAAGAUCGUACUGGUCUUCGUGGGUUUGUUUGCGCUGUGCUGGCUCCCCAACCACGUGCUCUACCUGUACCGCUCCUUCCGCUACCAGCAGAUGGACCUGUCGCUAGCGCACCUGGUGCUAACGCUGCUAGCUCGCAUCCUCAGCUUCUCGUCAUCCUGCGUCAACCCCUUCGCACUCUACCUGCUGAGCGACAGCUUCCGACGACACUUCAACAGUCAGCUGCGCUGCGGGGGCGGGGCAGGGCGCGGCGCAGUCGUGCGUCCCGACCGUCAGGCCAGCUACCUGUACAGCACGUCCCACGUCCGUCUGACCUCCGUCAAAAAGGCCGCGCCCACCGUCGGCAGCAGGCAGGAAGCGUGACCGGCGAGCGGGAUGAGGUCACGUGACGCUCGGACCAAUCAGCGCAUCGACGAAGAAGCUCUCAAAUGGGAUGAAUUGCCUCGUCGGUUCCGCUUGAUGGCGGUGACCGCACUCCGCCGGUCUUUGGCUGCUGAUAUCACUGUGUCGUCUCAGUCCUAAUAAAAGAGCACAAAGUCAG